AAACUACAGCAGCAACACAGUUAAAACAUCUAUACUACAAUAAAAAAGAAAAGUCACACACACACACUGCCCCCUCACCCCACCCCACCCCCCCACCGAGAUAUCAUAAUGGCAUACAGCGGAAACUCCAGCGCCAAUGCCGCGGCGGCGGAAGGGUCUAUCUCAGCCCUCUCCCCCACCUCCUCGUCUUCGCCUCCCUCCUCUCCGCCGUCGCCUCCGGUGAUUCUCAGCCCGUGCGCCGCCUGCAAGAUCCUCCGCCGCCGAUGCGUCGAGAAAUGCGUCUUGGCGCCUUACUUUCCGCCCACGGAGCCCCUCAAAUUCACCAUUGCUCACCGUGUUUUUGGCGCUAGUAACAUUAUCAAGCUGUUGCAGGAGCUGCCUGAGGAUCAAAGAGCAGAUGCUGUGAACAGCAUGGUUUAUGAGGCAAAUGCGAGGCUGAGGGACCCCGUCUACGGCUGCGCCGGCGCGAUUUGCCACCUGCAGAAGCAGAUCAGUGAGCUUCAAGCUGAACUGGCAAGAGCUCAAGCUGAAAUCUUGAACAUCCAAUGCCAGAACUCCAGCUUGUUUGAGCUCAUUUGCAAGCAGAUGUCUGCAAAAACACAUAAUGAUGAGGAAAAUCUGCAGCCGCCGCAGCCGUUUCAUGAUAAUUCGGCUUUCCUUUUGGAUGAGAGCAUUUUGGGCGUGGCUUGGGAGCCACUAUGGACAUGAACUUGAUGAUAUUACAUUGAUAAAAUUAAAGGAGAAUUUUAAUUUUAACUUAUAUAUAUAUAUAUCUAUACUUACAAGAAUUAUCAAGAAAAUAAUGGGGUCUUAAUUAGUAAUUUGUACUGAUUUCUUUGAGGUUAAUUAUGGGUAGAAGUUGAUAUACUUUAGAUAUGUAAUUUGGCAAUGUGAAUUUCUCCAACUUUUCCAAAGGAAAAGAAAAGUGAAUCAAGAAAAGUUAUAUGAUGACUUACAGAAAGGGGUCCCUUUAGAACUAUGAAAGUCUUGUAUUUGUUGGCAUCUAUUGGUGACCUAAUGCUUUCAUAUCAAGAGAAUUGUUUGAUGAUGAUAUUGAUAAGUUAUGAGAUAACUUUAUUUAUUGUUUCU